CUUGACAGCAAACAAACACAAGUGUAGUUUUGAGCUGAUAGAAAACACACGUGCACAGAGUCAUUUAAACAACUUACACACAAGUGGGUGGACAUCAACGAUAUGAAGGACAUGGUGGAGCAUUUGGGUCUAACCCCAUAUCAUCAUCAUCAUCAUCAUCAUCAUCAUCAUCGUCACAUGACAGAAACGGCAGUCGCAGCAGUCCUCCUGUCACACUCCUGCGGACAGAAGAAAGAAAGUCAUCGAGGUUUGGAACGACAUGAGGAACAGGAAAUUCCCCACAACAGGAAGUCGAGUGAGUCCCAGCGUGCCGGCGAAGGCAGAAGAUAUUGAUUGAGAAGGCGGUUCACCUUUUUUUUGGUGUAAUCUCUCCCCUCGCGGGCCGCCGGCCAACAGCUAAUGCACAAAUUACACAGGGCCGAGGUGCAGACGGACAGGGGCAGGGCAGCUCUUUUCACACGCGAUCUUCUGCGCCGCUGCUCGCUCCAGGUCCUGCGUACAAAGGGACAAAGGAGGUCUGAGGUUGGGUCGGACUCUUAUAGAAACAUGCCCAUCUGAUCUGGCAUUGACCUUAUGAGAGCGGCUGAAUUUUUAAAGAUGCAAAAGGCAUUUAACGCAGGCAAACAUUAGAAUAUGCAUGCUUUAAAUACCCCGAUCAUUUAUUUACGCUGCUGUUCAAAGGCUUGGGUUCAGCCCAGGAUUUUUUUUUACCAAAUUAUUGCUUUUAUUCAGCAAGAAUGUAUCUGUUUGAUCAAAAGAAAUAUACUAAAAUGGAUUUAAAAUACAUUUAUUUCAUGCUACAUAUACUACAAAUACAUUUACAUAUUUUGUACUUAAUAAAAAUGCCCUGCAAUUAUACUUUUAGCAUACUAAACUGGUAUAUUUAAAGUCUUAAUCCACUUUAAUUGUGCGGAAGUAGUGCUGAAGUCCGACUAAAAAUAACUUUAAAUAUCUUGCAUUUAAAGACAGAUAAUAUUUAAAGAUCAUACAAUCCUCAUCAAUAGUGACAUUAAAAGACAUUUUAGGCUUAAUAUUAAGAAUUGCGCAUUGUGCACAAGUAGUACUCCCAAUAAAGUUUAAUUACACUUUUUAUAUCAGCAAGUCUGGAGCAAUAUGUCAGUAAAUAUGUUAAUAGACUUAAACACUUAGUAUAAAAUAUGUGCAUUUUUAAAUUUACUUUUUAUUUGGAUAGUCUUACAAAAGAUUUUACUUUUUAAAUAAAUUGUGUUCUUUUGAACUUUCUGAGAUUCACCCAAUUAUAUUAGUUCCCUGUUGUUUUAAUAAUAAGAUAAUAAUAUAGUUUUA